CCGCUGAUUGGCUGCUGCGAGGGCGGGGCGGGGCGGGUGGGAGUCUCUCGACGCCUGCUGGCCUCCUCGUCUUUCCCGCCAUGUCGUUUGUGGAGAGCGGGCGGCGCUCGGCUCCUCUGCGCCGACGCCUCGGCACCCCCAUUCCGUUUGCCCGGCCGGCCUUUUCCGCCUUCAGUCAGGGGGACAGUUGGGGUGAAGGUGAAGGGGACGAGGAGGACGGAUGCGACCAAGUGGCCCGCGACCUGCGGGCGGAGUUUUCGGCCGGGGCGUCGUCGGAGCCUAGAAAGGGCUUGCUACUCCAGCGGGACGGGGACGGGUCGCCGGUUCUGCCCGAUAAGCGCAAUGGCAUUUUCUCUGCGGUUGCGGGCGGCCGGGCCCAGGCUCGGCGGUGGCCUGUCCAGGUCCUCUCAAUUAUCUGUUCGCUGCUGUUCGCCAUCCUCCUCGCCUUCCUCCUCGCCAUCACCUACUUGAUCGUAAAAGAGUUACAUGCUGAGAAUUUGAAGACUGAAGAUGCAGACACUGGGCUACUAGGAUUCUGGACUCUACUCAUAAUAUCUCUGUCUGCCGGGUUCUCGUGUUGUAGCUUUUCUUGGACAGUGACUUAUUUUGACUCUUUUGAACCAGGAAUGUUUCCUCCCACUCCUCUUUCGCCUGCCAGGUUCAAGAAACUGACUGGACAUUCUUUCCACAUGGGCUAUAGCAUGGCAAUUUUGAAUGGCAUUGUAGCUGCUCUUACUGUAGCUUGGUGCCUCAUGUAAACCUACACUGAAGCAAUAUUUUUGGCAAAACUUAGUCAUGAUUGCUUUGUAAUAACAGGGAAGAACAUCAUUUGCCUACUCAGAAGACCAAGAAACCUGCUGUUCAUUAUCGGGUUCAGAUACGUGUCAUAUCAUCGACAUUAUGGAGGACCAUCUUUUUUUUUUUUUUUUUUUUU